AUGGACCCCAGGACCGCUCAAACAUCCAAAGCUGAUGUUGGAUUACUCCUUGCAAAAGGCAAGCUCGUCGGCUGCUUAACUACUGGACAGUCCAAGAGGUCGACCCUCGAUGCCUCCGAUGUCAACAAUUUCCAUAAUCUGCUACAGCUCGCCUUGAACGACACUACCCGCUGCACCAAAGAGUGCGUAGCCUGGAUCGUAUGCCAUGUUGCCAAGUCCCGCCGCAGGGUUGCUGCUUUUGGAGACUAUCUCCUAAAGCUUUCUGAUUCUCUGCUACCACUGGACACCCACUCUGACUUGGAAAAAUCUGCCCUAUCCCGCGCUCAAAUUGCCUUUGGUCUGCUACAUCUGAUAGAUGCCAUCUUCUUGCGCAUUCGUGAGAAUCCAGGCCGACUACUUCGCAAGCCGCUUGAAACUUACUUGACUUUUGCCAAAGCUAUCGAACCAACCGUUGUCCAACUCGUUUCAACUGCAGCUGCCAGUCGCGGUGUCCAGGCUCUUCUUCUUCACCAAGAUCUGGCCUGUUUACUGCAUCACUGGAGUCAAGAGCGCUUGUUCACCAAGCGCAUACGUCUAGAACUCCGCAAUAUCGCACGAAAAGCCUAUAUCGAGUGGCUGGACUCGACAGCAAGGGCCUACCCAUCGCACUAUCAAAACCUGAUCACCAAGAUAUAUUCCAAAGAUGUUGAAGAUGACAUUCCGAAUACCCACGGACUACCAAGGGAUGCCUGGUUCGAUCUUCCCGUCGGAACCAUGAUUCAUGCAAUGAAGACAACGAAACCCGGCCAUCCUGUCAGAACAUCUCAAAUCAAACCGCUCGAUAUGCCUACUGGUUCGGUCGACCCUGACAUGAUGGAAACAGUUCUCGAUCACAUUGAGGAAUGCAAGGACAUCAAUGCGAUACCCAACAUAUCUACGACGGCAGACGAGGACGAUUUUGUCCUCAACGGUCUGGGUCUUCGGCUAACCAAAGAUCCAAUGAGCAGCGAAGACAGGCCCAAGUACAAAGUGGUCGAAGGAUACUAUGGUUUCAGCGUACCAUUCAUGAAAAUCUUCCAGAAUAUUGAGAAGAAUCCAUCCAAUGGACCAGAGCGUCCACAGAACUGGAUGCCUCCACCUCCGCCAGAAUUGGCUCAGCCUCCAGCUUUCCAUACAGGUUUUCCGCCAAACGUGCCACCGCCGAACAGAGAUGCACCACACAUCGCUGGGCCCAACUACAGACAGAACGACUAUGGUCGCGGGAACAAUACAGGGUGGCGAGGUGAUGAAAUGCAGGGAGGUAGGGGAGGAGGAAACUGGCGUGGACGGGGUCGAGGGUGGGAUCGCGGUAAUGGCUAUCGACCAUAUUAA